UAAGGAUAGCGUGACUGCGUUACAACAAACAACGUGACCAAGUUCGAUUUAGCGAUGAAGUCGUGUCUGUGCAUUUUCGUUCUUUUUCACUCGACAAAUCUUUACACAUUGGUCACCUCAGCUUCAUCAAAGCCUAAUAUUUUGUUCGUUCUUGUUGAUGACCUCGGCUGGAGUGAUGUGGGUUUUCACGGCUCGAAAAUAAAAACUCCAAAUGUCGACAAACUGGCUAGCGAGGGGGUCGUUCUCGAAAACUAUUACGUUCAGCCCAUAUGCUCCCCCACAAGAGGGGCUUUGCUGUCUGGAAGAUAUCCUAUACAUAUUGGCUUACAGCAUGGAAUUGUUCACACUGGGUGUCCAUUUGGUCUGCCUUUGAAUGUAACAACUUUACCACAAAAGCUCAAAGAAGCUGGUUACAGUACACACAUGAUUGGAAAAUGGCACCUGGGUUUCUACAACUGGGACAGCACUCCUACAUAUCGUGGCUUUGAUACAUUUUAUGGAUUUUAUAAUGGUGCCGAGGAUCAUUACACACAUGUGCAAAGUCAUUUUCUUGACUUCCGCGACAAUAAAGAUAUUGUUAAAGAUAUGAAUGGGACUUACUCUGUUAAUGCAUUUACAAAGCGUGCAGAGCAGAUUGUGAAAUCCCAUGAUGCCAGCAGCCCUUUGUUCCUUUACAUGGCAUUUCAAAAUGUUCACUCCCCUGUUGAAGCACCUAAAGAACAUACUGACAAGUAUGCCUUUAUAAACGAUACUAUUAGACGAACCUAUGCUGGAAUGGUGGAUAUCAUGGAUGAAGCAGUUGGAAACAUAACAGAAGCAUUCAAGGAAGCAGGAUUGUGGGACAACACUGUUAUGGUCUUCAGCACGGACAAUGGAGGUGUGCCGAAGAAUGGCGGCUAUGACUAUCCCCUGAGAGGACGUAAGGAUACACUGUGGGAGGGAGGAAUCAGAGGGGUGGGGUUUGUACAUGGUAAAAUGCUCUCCAGGAGUGGGGUGAACUGUACAGGGCUUAUCCACGUGACUGACUGGUACCCAACAUUGGUUAAUCUUGCUGGUGGCAAUCUAAGUCCCGAGGAUCUUGACCUGGACGGACAUGACGUGUGGAGAGCUAUUUCAUACGGCGAUGCUUCUCCCCGAUCAGAGAUCCUUCACAAUAUAGACAUCGAGUCUUUUCCUGACUCGCAACUCGGUUUUGCAUAUCAAGGCAUUGGUCUUCGUUUAGGAGACAUGAAACUUCUUAUGGGUGUCCCGAACAUCUCAUACUUCAUUCCUCCAGAAGACAGAGGCUGUACUCAGACCAACAAGUUGUCUCUACAGGACCUAGAGAGUCCUCCAGUUCCCACUGUCGAUGUAGCCUUAUACAACAUCACCGCUGACCCUUACGAGAAGAAUGACCUCAGCCAAAGGUUCCCCGAUAUUGUGAAGAAGCUUCAAGAUCGAGUGCAGUUUUACAUGAAGGGGGCAGUGCCACCUGCUAACAGACCAUCAGACCCUGAGGCGAGGAAGGUGGCCAAGAAGAACGGGGCCUGGACUCCAUGGAUGUGAAAUACCUUUCCGGGCACGAGCAGAGUCAAGGAAACAUUUUAGAAUAUUCUAUAUUGUUUGGACACCUCUGUCGUUUUCAAAGGUGUUUGUUUCGUAUCUUUUAAAUAAUGUUUUGACUGCGUGGAAUUGGUGAGCGGGAGACGGGCGUAGAGGACGACAGGAUGAAGACUUUUCCCAACCUUGUGCCCAGGGCUUUUCCGUUAGGAGUUGGGAGAGGUCAAUAAAGCCCUGGGUACGAGGGUGGUCUUUUUCUCCUUCUCGUUUUCACCAGGGAUCUGAAUUUCCUUUGGCACUUAGGAUUAUUUGCUAUAAAAUCCCGGUGUCCCCCGAUGAAAGGCGUUAUAUCGGACAGAGAUUUUUUUUGACACCUUAGAAUUUUCCACUGCGCGAACUUUUUAUUUCUAAAGUCGAUACUAUACUUUUUGCGAUAUAUAUUAAAUUACCUUGAAACGAAGAAAACGGCAAAAUAAAAGCUGACAGUGCCUCCCUCCACCCAGGAAUAUUUAUGUAUACCGAAGAAAUUUGUGCAGCAGGUAAUUGUGUGAAUGCGAGUACGAUUAAGAAUUGAAUAGAGCUUUCAUUUAUUAUGACUGAGAAAGCUGCGAACGCGCGCGCUUAAAUAUGCACUGCUCUUCAAAUAAACGACUUAACGAACCCUCAGCCGAUCACAAUGAAGUAAUUUUCUCAGUCAUGCAACAAAUACCACAAUAAAUGUAUGGAGGUCUUUAAAGACAAUAUAUUUUUCAACUGAGUGAUAACAGGGUAAGAUUGUUAAGAAGGUAGAUAGUAACACUGAUGAUCUUUAAUAAUCAGUAAUAAUCAAUUGUAUCUAGUAAUAAACUGUUUAUUAAUCAA